AUGAAAGCAAUUCGAAUGGAUAUAGAUUUGAGUAGUUCUGGACUUGGUAGUGGUGGUUCAACACCUUUGGAAGGAAAUGGAGGAGGAUUAACACGUAAUGGAAGACCGUCGUCUUUUGGAAAUGUUUUUGCUAGUGGAGGAGGGGGAAAAGGUGGAGGAACAGAUAAAAUAACUGCUACAACUACAGCAACAACUAUGGCGGGUGAUGAAUUAUCUGUUAGAGGUGCCACAGUUUUACGUACUGCCCCACCAACAGCCUUCACAAUAUCAUUCAAUGAUGAACAUGCUCAACUUGGAGGUCAAGUCUCUAUUGCAGAAGUUUCAUUGCAAGAAGCAGCACGUCAAGCGCCUAAAGGUCGACGUCUUAUGUUGUCACGCAAAAAUGAAAAUGUCAACAAACAAAAGCAGCAACAAUUACAAGAUUCUGGUUCUGAAUGUGGAGGAGAUCCAAAACGUUGGUUAUUUCGAAAAAUGAUGAUGGGACGUAAAGGGGAAACGGCCACUAAAAGUAGUGAUAGACGAAGACGUCGUAGUGGAAGUGCUAUAUCUGAGGCAACAACUUCAACAACAAUGAGUGGUGGGGGUGGACAUGAAACAACAACAGAAGAAGGGCAAGAAGAUUUGGCAUCAGAAGCGGGUACUUAUGUAGUUGAAAAUAAAAUAAAAACAACGGAAGCAACAACAACAAAUGAUGUAAUGACAACAAGUCAAAUAAGUGGAGUUAGUAAUAAAAGUAGUAAUAGAACAACACAGAGAUGUUAUGAUAGUGAUUCUGAUUCAUCUUCUUCAACACAUGCUUCUACACAUACUUCAUCAACUGGGCGAACUCCUUCACCUGGUAACCCUCCUAUUUCUGCUACAACAACUACAACAAAUAUUCGUCCACCUCUUACAAUUAGUGGGCAAGUUGGAAAGCGGUCUUUAAUGAGUGAUUUGCGUCAAUUAAGAGAAAGUGGACAGAUUGAAAAACCUUCAAUAAUUAAUCAACAAUCUGCUUCUAAUAUCAAAGUUUCCAAUAAAAAAAUUCCUCCCAAAACACUUGGGGUGCUUCCAACAACUACUAAACUUGCUUCAACAGCUCCCCCAAUUCCCCCACAUCGUGGUAAUUCUGCUGGUGUUACAACAACAAAUUCAAAUCAAAAUCCAAAGAAGAAUACAACCGUGUUUGCUUCAAAUCCAAUUCCAUUUAGUCGUCCAUGUCGUUGUCCUACACAACAUCAACAACUGCAGCAACAACAACAGCAGCAAGCAUUUAGAAGAAAUGAUGGUGGUCGUUUUUCAAUGCGUCCAACAUCUGCAACACGUGCUAACACAAAUGCUUUAAGGCAAACAGCAUCGUCAAAUGCUGCUAAAUUAAAAGCUGCGGAAGAAGAAAAAAUGUUGGGUUGGUUGCGUCGUAAAGAAUAUGAUCCACGCAGAGCUGUUGCUGAAGCAGAACAACAACAACAACAGCAGCAACAUUUAUUAUUGCAACAACAACAAUUAAGAAAACAACAAGAAGCAUUUACUUCAAAUCGUUCAAUUUCUGCAACAUUAACAAACCAAGAACAACAACAAAAUUCAAAACAACAAAGUUCAUUUUCCCGUUGGAAGGCUGCUCAACAAAAACAACAACAAGUUUCAACUAAACCACCAUUAGAGUCUCAUCGUUCCCAUGAUGAAUUAAAUAGAUUAGCUGAAGUGUGUGAUGAUGAAGAUGAUUCUAUUGGCUUGACAAGUGAUUCGUGUAAUACUAGUCUUCAAAGAACAGUUGAUGAACUUACUCAAAAAUGUCAUAAAAGCAUUGCUUUACUCAAGCUUUGUAAUCAAUCUUCACUUUCUCCAUCUGUAGAACAUUUACUUGAACGUGUUGCACAAACAGGAGUUUUAACUGAAGAAGGAAGCAAAAUAAGGGGAGGAGGAGGAGAUGUUUCUUGUGCUGGAAAAAGCGGUGUAACCUCUUCUAACGAAAAUAUUUCUGAUCGUUUAGAACAGCUUAGUUCAGCAUUUGAUGCUAUACAAAAAUAUUUGGAAGAACAAACAACAACUACAUUUUCUGGUCAACAAAAACAACAACAAUCACCACAACGUACAUUUAGUGGAACUUUUGUAGUGAAAAAGAGUCGGUCUGGAGGGUGA